AUGGGUAAGCUCGUAAGCCAAAUCAGUGCGUAAUGUGAUUGGUGACCGGCGCCGCUGUCCAUCUCAUCCGUCUAUCAGUUGCCAGACCAUCUCUUAUCUCUUCUUCCACCUUGCCCUUGCUAAAUCGACAGCUGCUUCUACAGUCACCAGAGGCAAUGGCACACAGUCACGAUGGCAUCGGCCAUUCACACGCCGGCGCCGAUCACGGCCACACGCACGAAAUCCUCGACGGCCCGGGCUCCUUCCUGGGCCGCGAGAUGCCCAUAGUCGAAGGCCGAGACUGGAAGGAGCGAGCUUUCACUAUCGGCAUUGGUGGACCCGUCGGCUCUGGCAAGACGGCGCUCAUGCUCGCGCUCUGCCUCGCCCUGCGCGACAAGUACAACAUCGCCGCCGUGACCAACGACAUCUUCACGCGCGAGGACUGCGAGUUCCUCACGCGGCACAAGGCGCUGCCCGCCGAGCGCAUCCGCGCCAUCGAAACGGGCGGCUGUCCGCACGCGGCCGUGCGCGAGGACAUCUCCGCCAAUCUCGCCGCGCUGACGGACUUGCAUCGCGAGUUCGCCACCGAGCUGCUGCUGAUUGAGAGCGGGGGUGAUAACUUGGCUGCUAAUUACUCUCGUGAACUCGCUGAUUUCAUCAUCUAUGUUAUCGAUGUCAGCGGUGGGGACAAGAUCCCGAGGAAAGGCGGGCCGGGGAUCACGCAGAGUGAUCUUUUGAUUGUCAAUAAGACUGAUCUUGCUGAAAUUGUUGGAGCGGAUUUGGGUGUGAUGGAUAGGGAUGCGCGGAAGAUCCGAGAGGGCGGACCUACCAUCUUUGCCCAGGUGAAACACGGCAAGGGAGUCGAACAAAUAGUCGAUCUCAUCUUGAGUGCUUGGAGGAGCUGUGGUGCGAGUGCUGUCUCUCGUCCUACGAAUGGAGCCAGCUGAGAUUUGUGACGAAAAUCUAUGAAAGGAGAU